AUGACAAACUUAAGAAUAUUCCUGAUAGUGCUAUGUUAUUACAACUGGUGGACCAGCACGCAAGUGGUGAGCGUACGGGGUUGGGCCAGAACAGAGAGGCCUUACAAUUCUACAUACCCACUAACACAACCAUUGGUGGCAAGAGAUGCUGUCAAGUACAGAAUUGGUAUUAUAGCUGACUUGGAUAAAGACUCUAAAAGUCCUUCAAAAUCAAACACAUAUAUCAGUUACUUUAAGAAAGGUUAUCUUAAUUAUAACCCUGUACAGCAGUCUGUAUCUAUAGAGUGGGAUCUUAAACCACCCACUGUGCUGACAUCACCAUACUCACACAAGGGUAGAGGGAUGGAGUUGUCAGAACUCAUUGUGUACGAUGGCAGAUUACUCACAUUCGAUGACAGAUCCGGUUUGGUCUAUAUAAUAGAAAAUGAUAAAGUGGUGCCAUGGGUAAUUUUAAUGGACGGCAACGGUCAUACCAUAAAAGGGUUCAAGUCAGAAUGGGUUACACUUAAAGACAACCUAUUAUAUGUAGGGUCAAUGGGGAAAGAGUGGACAACACCUGGUGGAGAGUUCCAGAGUUAUGACCCCAUGUGGGUCAAAGUUAUCAAUAUGAAUGGAGAGGUGCAGCAUCAAUUGUGGGUAGUCCAAUAUCAAGCUGUAAGAAGAGCCAUUGGUAUUAAUUGGCCAGGGUAUAUGAUCCAUGAAUCUGGUGUAUGGUCACCAAUCAAACGACAGUGGCAUUUCUUACCACGGCGGUGUAGCCGUGAUGCUUACAAUGAAACUACAGAUGAAGUAAAUGGAUGUAAUUACCUAAUUACUGCUGAUGAUGACUUUAAAAUUGUUGAAGCUAAAGAGAUAACAAGGCUCGAGCCAAAACUCGGUUUCUCCUCGUUCAAGUUUAUACCAGGAACGGGCGACGAGGCCAUUGUCGCCUUAAAGACCACAGAGUUCGAGGGUCAAACCUCUACCUAUAUAUCUGCAUUUACUACUGACGGAAAUGUGUUAUUGCCUGAUACACUCGUAGAAAAUAAAAAGUAUGAGGGCCUGGAAUUUAUAUGA